AUGAACUACCUGCGCCGCCGUCUCUCUGACAGCACCUUCAUCUCCAACCUGCCCAACGGUUACCUAUCAGACCUGCAGAAACCCGAUCCUCCCCAGCCUCCUCCACCCGGGGCGGCGUCCGAACCGGCUCCUCAGGUCUCUCCGGGCCAGAACCCAAACCAGGAGAGGAAACCCCAGCCAGCUGCCCAGCCCUCAGGUGCAGGAUUCUUCAGCUCCAUCACCAACGUCGUGAAGCAAACGGCAGCCUCAGCAGGGCUGGUUGAACAGACACCCGUCCCUGUUGCCAAGAAGUUCAAAAUCCUGCUCAUCAUCGACGAGCCGCAGCAGGAAUGGGCCAAAGUGUUCCGAGGAAAAAAGCUGCAGGGAGAUUAUGAGAUCCGGGUGGAGCAGGCUGAGUUUCAUGACAUCAGUGUGGUGUCUCAGGUGAACGGGAUCUGCAACGUGGCCAUGCAGGUCCUCAGGAACGGGACGAAGGUGGUGCGGUCUUUCAAGCCUGACUUUGUCCUCAUUCGCCAACACGCCUUCAGCAUGACAGAGAAUUCUGAUUUCCGGAACCUGAUCAUCGGUCUACAGUACGCAGGAGUCUCCAGCAUCAACUCUCUCCAGUCCAUCUACAACAUGUGCGAUAAACCGUGGGCGUUUGCUCAGCUGAUUGGCACACACAGGAAACUGGGAGCUGAAAAAUUUCCGCUGAUUGAACAAACCUACUACGCAAACUACAAAGAGAUGGUAACCAUGCCAACCUUCCCUGUGGUGGUGAAAAUUGGACACGCCCACUCCGGGGUGGGUAAGGUGAAAGUUGACAAUCACUCAAAGUUCCAGGACAUCGCGAGCGUGGUGGCCCUCACACAGACCUACAGCACGUCCGAGCCCUUCAUCGACUCCAAGUACGACAUCAGGAUCCAGAAAAUCGGAAACGACUACAAAGCCUACAUGAGAACCUCCAUCUCAGGAAACUGGAAGUCCAACACAGGAACAGCCAUGCUGGAGCAGGUGGCCAUGACGGACAGGUAUAAGCUGUGGGUGGAUACGUGCAGUGAGCUUUUUGGGGGUUUGGAUAUCUGUGCAGUUAAAGCCAUUAAUGGUAAAGAUGGAAAAGAUUACAUCACUGAGGUGGUCGGCUCGUCCAUGCCUCUGGUUGGAGAUCAUCAGGCUGAAGACCGGCAGCUCAUUGCAGAUGUGGUUAUAACCAGGAUGAACCAGGUCAUGUCUCAAAACCCGAAGAGACCCACCACCAUCCAGCCUUCACAGAACGUCGCUCAGAAGGACACAGGGCCGGACGGGAAGAAGACGCCGUCUCAGAAAGCUCCUCAAGGCUGUUUACAGUACAUUCUGGACUGUAAUGGAGUCGCAGUGGGACCCAAACCGGUCCAGGCCAACUGAGAGAGAGAGAGAGAGAGAGA